AUGGAUGAAGCUGAGCAGGACCAGUAUGAAGCCCGCCUCAAGGAGCUCUUCGACAGCUUCGACAGCACGGGCACGGGGUCCCUGGGGCAGGAGGAGCUCACUGACCUCUGCCACAUGCUGCACCUGGAGGAGGUGGCCCCAGCGCUCCAGCAGACCCUGCUCCAAGGCAACCUCCUAGGCAGGGUCCAUUUUGACCAAUUCAAAGAAGCACUUAUCCUCAUCCUGUCCAGAACCCUCUCAAAUGAAGAGCACUUCCAAGAAACAGAUUCCUCCCCGGAAGCACAGCCCAAGUACAUCAAGGGGGGAAAACGCUACGGCCGGCGCUCCCUGCCCGAGUUCCAGGCGUCGGAGGAGGACUUUGCCGAGGUGACCGUCAUCGAGCCGCUGGGCCAGGACACCUGCCCCACACACACCUGUCCCUCCAGUGGCUGCCAGCAGCACUGGAAGACACAAGACAGCGAGGAGUAUGAGGCUGAGGGACAGCUGCGCUUCUGGAACCCAGACGACCUGAAUGCCUCCCCUGGAGCAUCACUGCCCACCCCAGAGUGGAUAGAGGAGAAACUGCAGGAGGUGUGUGAGGACCUUGGCAUCACCAGGGAUGGCCACCUCAACCGUAAGAAGCUGAUCUCCCUUUGUGAGCAAUAUGGGCUCCGGAUGGCAGCCGGGGAGGUAAUUGAAGAGGUGCUCUGUAACCUGGAGCAAGAUGGCACCAUGAGUGUAGAGGAUUUCUUCUACGGCUUGUUUAAAAAUGGGAAGUCCCUGACACCCUCAGCAUCUACCCCGUACAGGCAGCUGAAACGACACCUCUCCAUGCAGUCCUUCGACGAGAGCGGGAGGCGCACGGCCACCCCCUCCGCCAUGCCCAGCGCCCUCGGCUUCUGCCUCUUCUCCAGCCUGGAUGAUGGGAUGGGCUGUGGCUGUGUGGAGGACAUCCUCGACUGCUGGCACCAGGAGGGCAUAGAGAACAGCCAGGAGAUCCUGAAGGCUUUGGAUUUCAGCUUGGAUGGGAAGGUGAACCUGACAGAGCUGACGCUGGCGCUCGAAAACGAGCUUUUAAUCACCAAGAAUGGAGUCCACCAGGCAGCCCUGGCCAGCUUCAAAACAGAGAUCAGACACUUGCUGGAGAGGGUGGACCAAGUGGCCAGAGAGAAAGAGAAGCUGAGGUUGGACUUGGAGAAAGCUGAGAAGCUGAAAUCCCUGAUGGCCUCCGAGGUGGACGAUCACCACGCGGCCAUCGAGCGCCGCAACGAGUACAACCUCAGGAAGCUGGACGAGGAGUACAAGGAGCGAAUCGCGGCUUUGAAGAACGAGCUCCGGAGAGAGCGGGAGCAAAUCCUGCAGCAGGCUAAUAAACAGAGGCUGGAGCUGGAGCAGGAGAUAGAAAAGCUGAAAACUGAUGAGAACUUCCUCCGGGACCGCCUGGCCCUUUCCCUGAAGGAGAACAGCCGCCUGGAGAGUGAGCUACUGGAAACGGGAGAAAAACUGUCUGAGUAUGAAAGUCUGGCAAGCAAACUGCAGAGGAACUUGGAAAACGUCCUGGCUGAGAAGUUUGGUGACCUGGAUCCCAGCAGCGCAGAGUUUUUCCUGCAGGAGGAGAGGCUGGCACAGAUGAGAAGCGAGUACGAGCAGCAGUGCAGAGAGCUGCAGGACCAGAUAGAUGAGCUGCACUCGGAGCUGCAGGAGUACCGGGCCCAAGGCAAAGUGCUCCGGCCUUCCCUGAGAAAUUCCCUGUCGGAAGAAUUUGACAUGGAUAUGAAGAGUCAUGGCAACAGUGGCAUUGAGCCUGACCAAGGACUUGGUUCAGAAGACUGCAACCCCUUAAAUAUGAGCAUAGAGGCAGAAAUGGCUAUUGAACAAAUGAAGGAGCAACACCACAGGGAUCUACAUCACCUCAAGCAGGAGCUUGAAGACACAGUGAGCCGUUAUGAAAAGCAGCUGGAUGAGACAAAAAGUGACUGUGAGAAAGAACAAGAGGGUAUGAGGAAGAAGUACACUGAAGAGAUGCAUGUCAUGGAAAAGCAAAUGACUGGCCUUAAAAAUCAAAUUGCAGAACUGCAAGGAGAGGCAGCAGUGCUCAGAGAACAGCAAGAAAAGCUUGACUGUAAAUAUAAUGAUGAGAAAAACAAAUUACAAAUGCAGUUUGAUGAGGAAAAAGCCAAUCUGCAAGAACUACUGAGGCAGGAGCAUGAAGAAGAUAUUAGAGCCAGGCUGGAGCAGGUAAAUGAGAAGUUUAGUCAAGAACGGGAAGAACUGAUUCAAAAUGGUGUCUGGAUGGAAGAAAAGAUGAGAGUUCUGGUGCAGACACUGCAGGAAGAGAAGGGGGAGCUGGAACGUGGCUUUCAUGAGCAGCUGAAAAGGAUGGCAGAGGUGCAUGCCCUGGAGAAGGAGGAGCUCCAACAAGAGCUGCUGAGGAAGCACGAGCAGGACCUGAAGGAGGAAAGGAAAAAAAUGGAAAGUGACUAUGACAGAAGAGCAUCUAAUGCAGAAACUCAGUUUUCUGUUGAGACACAAACACUUGUGAGUAAAUAUGAAGAAACCAUCCAAAAUCUAGAAGGACGUUACCAGCAAGAGCUGCAUGAACUUGCUGAGCAGCAAAGAGAGGAGAAAUCCCAGUGGGAGUUUGAAAAGGAGGAAAUUGCUCAGGAAGUUGCUGAAGCCCACGAGAGACUGAAGGAAAGUCUGGCAAAUGAAAAAGCAGUUUCUUCUGCCCUCAGCCAGGAGAAAGAUCUCCUGGAGAAGAACUUCAAGGAAGAAGUGAACAAGCUUGUGUGCGAGAGAGAGCAGCUUCAGAAGGAGCUGUGGGACCUGAGGAAUGCUGCUGAGGUGGAGGAGAAGAAGUUGAAGGAGAAAAUAACACAACUCCAAAAUGACCACGAAAAAGAGCUAAAGAACAAAGAGGAGCAUAUGUCCGUGGUGGAAGAAGAUGGGAAGCUGGUUAGGCAAAAGCUGGAGAGGCUUGAUAGUGAAUAUAAGCAAGAGAAAGAAGACCUCAAUUCCAAGCUUCUUGCUCUGGAGAGUUUAAACAAAGACAUUUGUGUAAGAGCAGAAGCAGAAAAGGCUGAGAUGAGUUUGGAAAUCUCAGACCUUCAAGGGAAAAUACGGAAGUUGCAGUGGGAGACCCACAGUUUUUCUGCACUGCAAAAUCAUUAUAGGGUCCUGGAAAAGGAGUACGCCAAAGCAAAGAGCAAAAUCGCUUCUUCCUUUGGUGUGGUGCCUCUGGGAGGUGAUGGGGAUGUCCUCUUAAAUCUGCAGAGAGUGCACGAGCAAGCUGUGAAGGAGAAUGUCAGGAUGGCUGCUGAGAUUGUCAGGCUGCAGCACAGGCUGCAAGCUGUGGAGCAGGACCUGCUGCCACCACCCAGUCCUGCCUGCUCCAACUCCAUCUCACAACCAUCUCAGCUGCCAGAUGAAAUAGAUCCCAUCUCUGAAGAGCUGCCCAGUGACUGGAGAGGUGCAGACAAGGGAACAGAUUCAAAUGUCCUUCUGCUUUUGGAGGCAGACAGUACAGACCUGGAAGAAAUGACUGAGGUUGAUUCAGAUUUGGAGAAAGCCUGUGUUGAAGCCAGGCCAGGUGGCCCCGCACUCGAGGCACGGGUGUGUCAGAUGCAAGGAAAUAAAGCAGCACUGGAAGCUGAUGGCAAUCAGGGCUGUGACAAUCAAGAGCUGCUUUCUCUUCUGACAAAAAAGAGGGAACUCAAGAACACUCUUGAGAGACAACCCAGAUCAAAAGUGCUACAGAACGAUACUAAGCAGCGGAAGGUUCAUCUGCUAAAUCACAGAAUGACUCCUGAAAAUAAAGGGUUUGCUUCUGAUGCUUCAGAGCUGGAGGUUGAGCUUGAGAAGGCUGAGGAACUGAGUGAAGACUCUCUCCAGCUUGAUCAUGCUCCUGGGCCAACAACUGGUGACCUGAAAAGCAUAAUAACUCAGCUUUGGGAAAGGGUAGAAGAGUUAGAAGACAGAUCAAUGGCACAGGCUAAAGUCCUGUCACUGCAAGAAGAAAUUCAAGUAGAAAAUGAGGAUCUGAAAUGUGAAAUGAUAAAAUUAGUUGAAAAAAAUAAGGUGCUAGAAGACAACUUGCAUAAGCUGAGAAGGCUUCUUUGCAAGCUAGGACAAAAUAAGCUGGAAAGUGUUAAGCUUGGAGAGGAAAACACACAGCUCCUCCAAAAAAUUGAAGAAUGGGAACAUCUACAAGAACAAGGCACACAAGGAAAUGUAGCUGCACAUGGUGACAUGUUAAGACUGCGGUGCCAGCUUGGGAAGCUGGGAGAACAUGCUGGGAGGUGCACAGGUCAGCAAGACAAGCAUGUCCAGAGUGACAGCACGGGAACAGAAACAUCUGCAGAACAGGAGGAGCUGCAGGAGCCCGACCGAGAGCUGGAGGAGAAGGCUGCUGCUCUGCUUAACCCAAAAGACACACAUUUCCCCGAGGAGAGAGAAGAGAGGAGUACAGUGAUGCACGGCCUGCAAGGCACAUGCACUGAGCUGCAGCAAAAAGUUGAUCUUCUGAGGUGUGAAGCUGAGAAGCUCAGAAAAGAAAAUGCUAUUUUGAAAAAUGAAGUGACUUUAUUAAAUGAGGAAGGUAGUGCUUCCAGCCUGAAACUGAGGGAGCUAAGUGGAUCCCAAGAAGAAAUGAGGGAAAAGAUAGAGGCUAUGAGGAAGGAGAAAGUGACUGUACAGAAGAUGGUUGACAACCUGAAAAAGCAGGUAGCAGAUCUGAAGACCAGGAACCAGCAGCUGGACUCUGAAAACACAGAACUUAGCCAGAGAAACUCCAAAAAUCAAGCAGAUGUGCAGGAUCCUAAUCAACAGCUGGCAAGGGUGCUCCAGCAAAAGGAAAGGGGAGCAGGAGAGUGUACCCUGGAAGAGUGGGAAAAGGAGAGACUGGUACUGCAAGAGGAACUGGAAAACUCCAAAGUAAAGACAUCAAACAUGGUGUCCUCCUUGGAGAUGGAGCUGUCAAAAAUGAAGGCUCAAGCUCAUGUAUUGGAGCAGGAGAACCACAUCCUGCAGCAGGAACUGGAGAAGACAAAGCAGCUGCCCAGAUGUCCUGAUCUCUCUGACCUUCAGAACGAAGUGUCCAGCUUAAUUACUAAAAAUGAAAAGCUGCAGAAAGAAAAAGAAGCCCUGAGGGAGGAAUUAAACAGAUACAUUGAUAAGGUAGCCAAACUAAGCUGCUUAGAGAAUGCAAUUGCCAGCUUGAAGCAGCAACAGGAGUCCUGGGACAGCCAGACACUGACAACACAACUCACUGUCUCACAAGAAAAGGUCCAGAAUUUAGAUGAAACUCUGCAAAACACCAACCUCCAACUGUCCCGAGUAAAAUCAGACCAGUGGAUGAUACAGCAGGAGAAUGAAACCCUGAAACAAGAAGUGAUGUCUCUGCACAAGCAGCUGCAGAAUGCCAAUGAAAAGAACCGGGUUCUAGAACUGGCUGUGCCUUCCUCAGGGCUGCAGGACCAACACAGGCAGCUGCACUGGGAUGAACUGGACCAGCUGACCAAACAGGAGCAGGAGCUGCUCAGGCAGGAGAAUGAGAGGCUGCAGAGGGAAGUCCAGAGCACUAAAACAGACCUGACUCACUCCAGAGAGAAGAUCCGACAGCUGGAAUCUACCAUCCUUUCCCUAAAGCACCAAAAGCAUCAGAGCCAGUCAGGUAUCAUCAAACCCAUAAAGCAAGAGAAAUUAAGCUUGAAUAGUGUGUGUGAACAGCUUCAGAAGGAGUUGUCAUCUGCAAACAGGAAGAUCAGUCAGAUGAAUUCUCUUGAACGUGAACUGGAAACGAGCUCAGAAAAUGAAGGGCUAAGAAAAAAGCAAGUCAAACUGGAUGAUCAGUUAAUGGAGAUGCUCCACUCAAGCAGCAGUGUGAUGCUUAGUCAAUCCCUGCACUCCCGGGAGCUCCAGCAGCAAGGCUGUGCUGUGGUGCCCAAGGAACAGUUCCUGCAGCUCCAACACCAGCUGUUACAAGCAGAGAGGAGGAGUCAACGUCUUCAGGAAGAACUUGAAAGCCGACCCUCUGAAACAAACAUGCAGCAGGCGGGUCAUGAGCAGCUUCUAAAAAUGAUGGAAGAACGCAUGGUGGAUGUUGAACAGAAGCUAAGGCUUGUGAAGAGGCUUCUCCAGGAUAAAGUAAAUCAGCUGAAAGAACAACUUACCAAGAACACUAAAGCAGAUGCAAUGGUCAAGGACCUCUAUGUUGAGAAUGCACAGCUGCUGAAGGCUUUGGAGAUGACAGAACAGCGGCAGAAAACUGCUGAAAGGAAAAACUAUUUACUGGAAGAAAAAAUUGCCAACCUCAAUAGAAUAGUAAAGAACCUGGCAGCCCCAGUGUUUAAUUCAGCAUCUGAGAUAAGGUCAUAG